CAUAAAGAACUUCAGACUUUCUUGUCACUGAGUUUUCAAUCUGCCUGAGUCCAAUCUCACAGAAAUGACUUCCACUGAUAAUGGGUUACAGCUGCAUACACCCAAGCUUUUUGUUGGAUCAGAAAGCAUUAAGUUCACAGUGGGUAGGAGAGGUCAUAGUUCAGGUAAAUUUAGAAUCCCAUGUGCCUAGUAUUCUCUACCUGGCCGUGGAAAAUGCCCUAUCCAGUAUCUAUAUUUGCCACAUGAACCUGUUCAGGGUCACAGAACCUUUCUUGGCAGACAAUGCCUGACAUAGGGCCUUCUCUCACCCUGGGUCUCACUCAAAAUUGGCAGGGUAUUGGUUUCUCAACACACAGGUCUGAGUGGCACUCAAGUACAAUACACCUUGCUUUUAAUGUCCAAAAAGUCCCACUGAGCAUAUUUAGGCCUCUGAUUUGGUGACAUGUAGUUCAAGGUGCAGUAAUUUGCCUAGAACCAACAAGGUGCAGUAAUUUGCCUAGAAUUUGCCUGAUGUGUGUCAGGCCCCUGAAUUUUUAUGGGGUUUCUCUUCCACCUCCUGGCACACAUUUGUAUUAGCAUGACAUCUGAGAGUCUUGCUCCUUUCUGCUCAAAAUGCUCAGCAUGAUGUUAAUAAUGGUAUCCUGUGAGAUGUCCACAUGGUCAAGGAUGCUGAGGAUAAUAUUAUGACAACACAGGAGAGUUCACAUAACUCGGAGGUUUACUGAUGUCUCUGCCAGGUGAAAGCAAACUGCUUUUGGUAAUCCACACUAACGGAUAUAAGGAAAAGUAUCUGUCACCUGUAGACCACACAACAGGGACUGUGUUCAUUUGCUCUAGCAAACAUACGACACCAGGAGAAGUUACUGUGAUUGAAGUCACCACUUGAGAAACUUUACAAUGAUUCCCAGGCAUUCAACCAACGAAUCUGUCUCUUAUACCGGCCAAACAAGCAAAGGUAUCAAACAAUCUCAGGACACAGUCAUCCUACUAUACGACCACAGGUCCUCCCUUGGGGUGACAUAGACUCCUCUUCAGUUGAGGGACUCCAGGAGAGAAUGAAUUCUAAGUGGAAAAUGCUGUUAUUAACUUCAUUUGCUUUAUUGCUGAUGUUGAUUAAGCAUCGCUCCCGAAUAAAGAACCACCUAGAGAAGAUAGAUCUCUGCUGGGAAAAUGAAAAAGAACUUCGGCUCUCAGACUGGUUUAAUCCCAAAAAACGUCCUGAUGUGAAAACGACAACUGAUUGGUUUGCGCCGAUCAUCUGGGAAGGAACUUACAACAGACAAGUCCUGGAAAAGUACUACAAAAGGCUGAACAUUACCAUAGGCUUGGCUGUAUUUGCUACUGGAAAGUUUGUGGAUCAGUACCUGGAAAAGUUCCUCCAGUCUGCUAAUAAGCACUUCAUGAUUGGCUACAAUGUUAUCUUUUACAUCUUGAUGGAUGACUUCUCCAAACUACCUCCCAUUGAGUUAGGGCCCCUUCGAACAUUUAAACUAUGUACUGUACUCAAACAACAUGUGUGGAAAGACUUCAAUUACAUAUACAUGAAAAACUUGGAUAUGUACAUCAUAGAACAUAUCCAACAUGAAGUCGACUUUCUCUUCAGUAUGACUGUAAACCAGAUCUUCAAGAAUGACUUUGGGGUAGAAACCCUGGGCGAGUCUGUAGCUCAACUCCAUGCAUGGUGGUAUUUUAGACAUGCUGAAAAUUUCCCCUAUGAGAGAAGACCUAAAUCAGCAGCUUUCAUCCCUUUUGGAGAGGGAGAUUUCUAUUACCAGAGUGCAGUUUUUGGUGGCACACCCCGUGAGGUUUUAGCCUUCAUUAAAGAAUAUCAAAAAGGAGUUACCAGUGACAACAGAAAUGGACUCAAGAGCAUAUAUGAACAUUAUUUAAACAAAUAUUUGUUUAUCAAUAAACCCACUAAGUUGUUAUCACCAGAAUACAAUUGGGAUCCAAAUUUUAGAACUCCCCCACAAAUUAAACAUGUGAAGAUAGCAUGGCAUUCAAACAGCAUUUGAUGGUUGUAUCAUUAGGUUUAUGGAUUAAUAAGUGAAUCACAAUAAUUCCUCAACUACGAAACAUUAAACGUCUCCGUGUUUUUGGAAACUUACAAAAAUGUGCAAUCUUCCAAAAUAAAUUGUUUUUCUCCUUGCAGUUUUAAACCAUCUAAAUCUACCUAAAUUGGAGUAAGAAUAAAUGGAUGUUAAUUUAAUAUUAA